AUGUCGACGAACAAGGGCGUUCAAGGUGGUACCAAGACUAGUAUUGCAAAUGGACCAAGCACCGGCCGCAGAAGAAAUACCAUAACCCAGCUCAAUAAGGUGCUACCGGUGCCCAUUGAGCUCGAGUCGGCGUCACUAGAAAACAACGACCUCAGCAAAACUUGCCACAUCACUGAUGUCUUGGUCGGGGAUUACCAUAUAAUUCAAGGCGAGAAUGGAAGCAAGUACUUGGUUUGGGCAAUCAGAGUGAUCAUCAACGAUGCAUCCUUCUCCUCCAUAGUGGUUUACCGCAGGUAUAGCGACAUUGAAAGAUUCAGAGCCAGCCUAGUCCGUCAAUUCCCCAAAGAAGAUAUUCCUCCUCUACCUCCCAAAGAUCUGUUCAACAUCCAACGAGUGCUAAUGGCCGACCAAUGGCUCGAGGUCAGACGCAAGGGCCUCCAGUGGUUUAUGACAAAUGCAUUAUUGAACCCCAAAUUUCAAAAAAAUCGUACGGUUACUGAUUUCAUCUUGACAUAA